UGCACUUAACAUUAAUUAUUGUUUAUAAUUCAAACAAUAACGCUCUUUGCCAGAGCUGGGAACCCUGCCGCCCGCUCCCUCUCUCUCUGGCUCUCUUUUGGUGCUGCAAAAUGCCGCUCGAUCAGUGUUGGUCAACUCGCGACUCGCCGUCUAAAUUUUAGCUGCUAAAAAUGUUUUGUGUGUGUUUGCUUAAUGUUUCCGUUGUUUAAGAGAGCAAAACAAAUGCUGAAACUAAAUGAAAAUGAAGUGAAAAACUGAUCUAGAUGUGUGUGCGCGAUGCAUUUCCUCGCAGAAAGCGAGGAUCGAACCCAACUGCCCGCCCCCCGCCGCCAACCCCGCAAAUCAUUAAACGCGCCAGGAAAUGAGAAAUCAUAAAAAGAUUAUGAACAAAAUGUGAAUGCAUGUGUUCUCUUACCGCCGCGGUGUGCGUAAAAUAACAACAAAGCUUUUGGCCCUGCUAUCAGUUUGAAUAAAUAAACCAAAAUCGAAAAUGAGCGACAACUAGUGUAAAUUUGUGUUGCCGUUGUUGUUGUUGUUGUUGUCGUCGGAACCCCCGCCUCUUGCACACACACACACGCACGCUCUCCCACUCACACACACACAGCCUCCCGGGAAAACAAACGAAAAAAGUUCCAAAACAAUAAUAAAUAAAUAAAUUAACAUAUAAUAAAGUAAUAAUAAAAACCAAAAUAAUAGAGGAUUUAAAGGCUUUGUGUUUACUAAACCCACAAAAUGCAGGCCAAAAAGCGUUACAUACUGGUCUUUGUGUCCUGCGCUUUUUUGGCCUACGCCUAUUUUGGGGGAUAUCGCCUGAAAGACUCGCUAUUGAGACCCCGUAGAGCCCAGCACGAAUCGGCCAAGGAUGGUGGAGUUCAACCGCACGAGCAGUUACCCAGUUUUAUGGGCUCCCCCGAACUGCAGGAACUCCAGCUGCUGCAGAGUAAUAAAUCGAAGAUCCCAGCGGAGAACCCAAAGUACCAGGCUCCUCGCAAACCCGACUGCCGCAUGGAGACCUGCUUCGACUUUACGCGGUGCUACGAUCGUUUUUUGGUCUAUAUCUAUCCACCGGAACCCCUUAACUCCCUGGGCGCCGCCCCGCCCACGUCGGCCAACUAUCAAAAGAUACUCACUGCCAUCCAGGAAUCGAGGUACUAUACCAGUGAUCCCACGGCCGCAUGUCUCUUUGUGCUGGGCAUCGAUACCCUGGAUCGGGAUUUGCUGUCCGAGGAUUAUGUGCGAAAUGUGCCCUCGAGAUUGGCCAGAUUGUCCCAUUGGAACAAUGGCAGGAAUCACAUCAUCUUUAACCUGUAUUCGGGCACUUGGCCGGAUUAUGCGGAAAACUCUCUGGGAUUCGAUGCUGGGGAGGCCAUUUUGGCCAAGGCCAGCAUGGGCGUACUGCAACUGCGACACGGUUUCGACGUCAGCAUCCCGCUCUUCCACAAGCAGUUCCCGCUGAGGGCCGGAGCCACGGGUUCCGUGCAGUCCAACAACUUUCCCGCCAACAAGAAGUAUCUGCUGGCCUUCAAGGGCAAGCGCUACGUGCACGGCAUUGGCUCGGAGACACGCAACUCGCUCUUCCACUUGCACAACGGACGCGACAUGGUCCUGGUCACCACCUGUCGCCACGGGAAGAGUUGGCGGGAGCUGCAAGAUAAUCGCUGCGACGAGGACAACCGCGAGUACGACAGGUACGACUACGAGACCUUACUGCAAAAUUCCACUUUCUGCUUGGUGCCGCGCGGACGUCGUUUGGGUUCCUUUAGAUUCCUCGAAGCCUUGCAGGCUGGUUGCAUUCCCGUACUAUUGUCCAAUGCCUGGGUGUUGCCAUUUGAAUCGAAAAUCGAUUGGAAGCAGGCCGCCAUUUGGGCCGAUGAGCGCCUCCUGCUGCAGGUACCCGAUAUCGUGCGCUCCAUAUCGGCGGAACGCAUCUUCGCCCUUCGCCAGCAAACUCAGGUCCUGUGGGAACGCUACUUCGGCUCCAUCGAGAAAAUCGUCUUCACAACAUUCGAGAUCAUUCGCGAACGGUUGCCGGAUUAUCCGGUGCGGAGCAGCUUGGUGUGGAACAGCUCCCCGGGAGCCCUGCUCACGUUGCCCAACUUCGCCGACAGUUCAAGGUACAUGCCGUUCCUGCUCAACUCGAUGGGCGCCGAGCCGCGACACAACUACACGGCGGUCAUCUACGUGCAGAUUGGCGCCGCCCUGGGUCCCAAUGCGGCGCUCUACAAGCUGGUCAGGACCAUCACCAAGAGCCAGUUCGUCGAGAGGAUCCUUGUCCUUUGGGCUGCCGAUCGACCGCUUCCGCUGAAGAAACGCUGGCCACCCACCAACCACAUACCCCUGCACGUCAUCUCCCUGGGCGGCAGCACUAGGAACCUGGGAGCUGGACCCACAAGCCAGACGACUGAGGGACGACCGAGCAUAUCACAACGAUUCCUGCCCUACGAGGAGAUCCAAACGGAUGCAGUUCUGUCCCUGGACGAGGAUGCCAUCUUGAACACGGAUGAACUGGACUUUGCCUACACGGUGUGGCGGGACUUUCCCGAGCGCAUCGUUGGCUAUCCGGCCAGAGCUCACUUCUGGGAUGAUUCCAAGAAUGCCUGGGGCUAUACGUCCAAGUGGACGAACUACUAUUCGAUCGUGCUAACUGGGGCGGCCUUCUACCACCGCUACUACAACUACUUGUACACCAACUGGCUGUCGUUGCUGCUACUUAAGACUGUACAGCAGUCCUCCAACUGCGAGGACAUCCUAAUGAACCUGCUGGUCUCGCACGUGACCAGGAAGCCGCCAAUCAAGGUGACGCAGCGCAAGGGCUACAAGGAUCGGGAGACGGGUCGCUCGCCCUGGAACGAUCCCGAUCACUUCAUCCAGCGCCAGAGCUGCCUGAAUACCUUCGCGGCGGUCUUUGGCUAUAUGCCGCUGAUACGUUCCAAUUUGCGCAUGGAUCCCAUGCUGUAUCGUGAUCCAGUUUCCAAUUUGCGCAAGAAAUAUCGCCAGAUCGAGUUGGUCGGCAGCUAGCGAUAUGUGCAACCUGGCAAUAGCUACAAGCGUUAAGAGUACUGAAUACCAAUACACCACACACCCACACCCACAGCAAAACCAAUACCAACACACAGCCACACACACAAACACAUAAGUUUAGAUGAAAUGCUGUUUUUUGACGCUGGGCAAGCGAUGCAAGAACUAUGUUAAUUAUUAUUAGUAGCGAAAGGAAGGAACUUAGUUAGGAGCCAGCGGGCGUUUGUAAAUGUAUGUAUGUGUACAUCGAUGUAAGCAUCCGGCAUCCUUUGCAAUUAUAUAUGCAAUGUGUAUAUAUAUAUAGACUCUAAAUACGAUUAUGUGAAUUAGCCUAGUUAACUGCAAGCGAAGCGAACGAUUUUGCCAUCUUUUUUGCUAAUUUCAAAUUAGCUGCGCUUAGCAAUUUUUCUAUAAAACAUGCAUAUAUGUAAAUGGAUAUAUGUCUAGGAACAUAAGUAGCCGAUUUUUUGUACUGUGUGAGUUGAGUUUUGUAUGUGUAAAUGUUUGUAUGUCCUUGUUGUAACUCUCCGUGUAUAGUUAGUGAUUUAUCAAUGUGAACAUGUGUGGACAUGGCAAAGUCGUCUCCUUUUCAGUUUCGAAUUCCAACUUGAGGCUCUUCGAAUUCCGUAUAGCUAACUACUGUAUACCGACUGUAUAUUCUGAUUAUCCGUGGCCAUUAAGGAGCAGCAAACAGCAAAGGAGAGCUAAUCGAACUCUUUCCAGGCCAUUCAGCAAUAUGUAUGUGCACAAAAUCCGCAGGGGAGAAGCAAUUAACUAAUGCUAAGUUUAAGGUUUAAGUAGCUUUCCAUUUCCAACUUGUUAUGUGCAAUUUUUUAUUUGGACAACUCAGCUUUUAGUUCUUAACGUGGCCAUUUACUGAAGUACGUAAAUCAAUUAUCAAUAUGCAAUCAACUUUUUAAUCACACGCGCAUAUCAAAACGAGAUGCUCCAAAAGGGAGCGAUUUUAGUUUAAGCGACCACAAGGAAAUUCUACACAUAUACUAUAGCUAAAGUAUAUUUCUAUAACUAUUUUUUACAACAAAUAUACACGAUUGCAGAUGAAUUUGACCCCUUUGUUUUAUUUAUUAUUUGACUUUGGUUACCCUUUGAUUUUGACCUGGCAAUAUCCGUUUUCAAGUGCGAAGAACAAUAAGAGCUAAAAGCAAUGACUAGAUUCAACAUAUCAAAUGAGUUGGGGAUUACAAAGAACAUUUCAAUAUUGCUGCAAGCCAAUUCUGUCUAAUUUAUUCCGUUUGGUUAUUCCUUUAUCCUUUUUCAGGAACUAGUGCUUAUUUGUAAAGCAACCGACGAUUUUAUGCUUUUAAAUUCAGUUAUGUAUGUAUUUUUGGGUUAAAUGGUAAUUGGACUCCUUGAUCCUUUUUUAAUUUUUCUUUUGCCAGCCAACUGGUUCCUACGAACCCAACAACAUUCUGUGGCGGGAAAUCGAUUGAUGCCAACGCAGAAUGUUGCCCAAACUCUCGAAACUCUUGACUGCCAAACGGCGAAAUUGUUUAGCAUUUAUCAGUCGAAUAUGCUUAUCGGCAGCAUGAAUAUAUACGAAUGUGAAUGGAUGCUGUGCAUGUCAAAA